UCGCGCGCUCUCCUCCUCUCGGCUCUCGGCUCUCGGCUCUCGGCGAUCUCGUCGUUCUGCGAAGGUCGGAACUGCUCUCCGACGAACACGAACGGGCACAGCUACGAGGGUCCUUCCCUUCGAUUUUUAUUGCGGUGAUCUCAUUCCUUUCUUUUUUCUCUUGUUUCGUUUCGUUUCGUUUCGCUUGGUUCUUCAUCCGUCGAAAUUUUGAUUCGGGUUCAGAAUUUUUGUUGGUCUUGGGGUUCUUUUAAUCGAUUCUUGGUUGUCGGCUUUCUUGUGGGAAGAUCGAUCUUUCUGGUUUUCACGAUCGUUUUUCGUCACCACGCCAGUCUCGUUCUGGUUUCGAUUGGAAAAUAUGUCUUCUUCGCGUUCUAGGCGUGUGGAGUACGACCGCUUCAUCCCGUUCCGGUCGGCGAUGGACAUGGACUACGCACGCUUUGCCCUAACCGGGCCUUCGAGACCGCAGCGUGAUGGUUCGAGGGAAUCCCCAUCGAGCGUGGCGUACCAAAAGCUUCUUGAUGACUGCAUUUUGAAGAACAGGUCUCGUAUCCUCGCUUUCAAGACUGCACCUGAAGCGCCGGCCAGCAAGCUGCCCCAGUUUGACGAGCCCAUUCGGCCGCAGAAGAAGCAACAGAGGCGAAUCCCUAAAGAACCAGAGAGGGUUUUGGUAAUCCACGGCUUGUUGGAUGAUAAUGUUUUGAAUCUCCUCGACUGGGGAAGCAAUAAUGUGUUGGCGAUUGGCCUUGAGGACGCAGUGUAUCUCUGGGACGCUGCAAACGAGUCGACUAAGGUUCUACAACCCGUAGAAGACAGAGGACCUAUCACUUGCGUCCGAUGGUCGCCAGACUGUGCAGUUCUUGCUGUCGCAUUUGGCAAUUCAGAUUUAGCCCUGAUUGAUCCAGCAACAGGACAUGUCGUGGAUGGGAUGGAAGAUGAGAACCAGGCCCCUGUGUUGUCACUUGCGUGGAGAAGUAAUUCAAUUUUGACGGUCGGAAGAUUUGAUGGCACUGUUGUUGAUUAUGACUUUAGAAAGGAUGACAUGUUCAUCUGUUUCUAUAAUGGGCAUCGGCGUGGAGUUUGUAGUCUUAAAUGGUCCGUGUUGUCAGGGCGGUAUUUGGCGAGUGGAGGGUAGGACAAACUAGUGCACAUAUGGGAUGCCUGCAUGCCUGUCUCAAGUCAACAUCAAUGGCUUCACAGGAUCAGCAGCCACACUUCCAUUGUGAAGGCCGUUGACUAGUGCCCAACUCGGAGCAACUUGCUGGCUUCUAGUGGAGGUUGCAAUGAUCAUUGCGUUAAGUUUUGGAACACCGUUAAUGGUGUUUGCUUGAACUCAAUUGAUGCUGGCUCUGAAGUUUGUGCAUUGCUAUGGGACAAAAACAAAUCUGAAUUACUGACCUCCCAUGGUUCGCCGAACAAUCAACUCACCUUGUGGAAUUACCCAUCCAUGACGAGAGUGGCUGAGGUUUCCGGUCAUUCAUCCCGGGUUCUUUCCUUGGCUGGGAGCCCACUGGGAGGUGUAGUAGCUUCUGCAGCAGCAGAUGAGACAGUCAGAUUUUGGAAUAUCUUUGAGACUCCUAAAAUAAUAAAACCUGAACUGCCCUUUGCCCAAUUUAAUGUCAUAAGAUGAAAAGGCGGAUAGGUGGAAAUGAUUUAAGAUUCCAAAUGGAAGACUUCUCUAGUGCUUGACAUGAAGAUUUGUUGUUGGUAGCAUUGCAAUGGGAAGUUUCGUGGUGUCAAAGAGGCAGCACAUUUUCAUACAAGCGUAUAAAUUUGAGAUCUUCAAAUACAAGCGCCACUGCCUAAGAUUUCUUAUGAUAUUCAAUAUGGCCUUGGUAUCACAUGAAGACAUCACAUUGCACACCUAGAAGAGUGUUUGACAAUCGAGAGAUCUAUGCAUUAUAAGAGCCUCCUAAAUCAAGUUGAUGAUAGUUUUUCACAGUGGAAACAUCCUUCUGUCCAGCAUGCUCUCUCUCAGGUUCAGCGGUGAUGCAUCUGGGUGAUAUACGUUAUAUGCAUUUGUAUUUUUAUCAAAAGUCUUAACAAUUCAUAUUAAUCUGUUGUUGCAGAUAAUUACAAUGUCAUCGUCAUCUUCUUCAUGCUUGUGCGGGCUAUCUGUCUUCAUUCUUAUCAUCUCGUGUUUAUUGGUUUCAUACCAAAUUUAAUUAUAAAUAGACAACUUACUUUUUGGCUUUCUAAGUAAGCAUUUAUUUUUCAAUCUUCAGGCAAAAGCAGCGAUUUAUGCUUUGGACCAUUAUCACCAUGGAUAUAUACAAUUACUGUAAAGGUUUCAUCUUUUCCCAUAAUAAGUCUAUAUAUUUAGUCAACAACUUGUAUUUUUGUAACUGCAUCGACCCUUUUUCAGUUUGAUCUUGCAAUUGAACUUCCGGAGGACCUCUUGGUGUUAUUCAAGCACAUUUGAGGAAAAGAGCAUUUCCUGUUGUUUACUUAUGGUGGAUCAUGUUUCUUAUGUAGGAUAAGAUUUUUUUCAUGCAGCUUUUAUGCAUGAAACAAUAAGGAUCCUACCUGUGAAUUUGGAAUUAACUAUGGUUGGUUUAUUCAAAUCCUAUGAAUGUGUUUCCAUAAUCUGGUAGUCGUGCUUAUGUUGCUUUGAAGCAAGGUAUACAAUUAGUACCGGACAGUACGUACUAGUCCGACAGGUUACCGGUACGCGGAUCGCCCAUUACCGCCCAGCAUAGCUUGGUAACGUGUACUCCUUUUUGUUUUGGAGCCACAUAUGCCAUUUCCUUCAGAUAUUGACCUUUGCAAAUGUUCAUUUCCUAAAGAUGCUGAUCAAGAGUCUUUAGCUGUUUCUUCUGACUUUGUGAUAUGUUCUCAUGGGGCUUCUAGCACAUCCAGUAGUCCACAUGAAGCAAAGAGAAAGAUUGAUGCAUCUAAAGCUGCCACAAGAAAAGAUGCACUCCAAGAUGCUAAUCUGGAGUUUGCUCCUAGAGAUCUGUCAAAAAUUGUUCUGACAAGUGUUUCCAAUUAUUUUUCUGGGGACUAGGUCAGAUUGAAUUCCGGUUGUCGGUAUAUAGGGCUUCCUAAUUUGAACGUUUGGCAGCUGAUUUGUGUUCCCAGCAUGACAUAACCCCAGAAAGCCAUGAAGCUGCAAAAGAAGCCAUACUCUUGGCUGCAGAAUGUUAUGUCAACUCAUUCUUUAUAAUCGAUUUCAUAUGGAUGCAAUUCAGAGCUUAUGAAUCAGAUGAAAAUCAUUGGAUCCAAAUUCAAGAAUAAAAAUGGAUUAGUGGUGUUUUAUGAAGACCUUAAGAGAUGUAAUGUCAAUCUGGAGACAGUAGCUUAUCUUGAAAGUAAAAGAUAUAUAACUGUUCUACAAAUUCUGCUUCCGCUAAACUAGACCUCGAAUCUGAGAGAAUUUUGGCUCUUGGGAAACCUUGUACAUAUUAUUUUGAAGGUAAUCAGCAGGCUUUGGAAAUAUCACAAGUCAACAUUGAAUCUGAUGUGGCAACAUUGAUUAGGCAGAAUCAACCAUUGCUUUGCCACUUUGUAAUCCUCCUACAGAGUCUCCCCUCUUUCUACUGCAUUCUGCAACUGAGUUAUCCUGUUCUGUAGAGAAUGUUAAUGACAUUAUACUGCAGUCAGCUGCAAAUCUUAGUGGACAACUUAUAACUUUGUACACCCAACUGAAAGCAGGCAACAUGCAGCUUGAAAUGGAAAAGCUUCAUGGGCUGCGAAGUGCCCAUCUUCGGGAAAUGAUGAACGGACAUAUCCCAUUGGCAUCAAAAGUGCUGGUUUCAUCUACAGAACUUUAGUUCCACAUUUAUCGUUGAUGCAGAAAAUAUGCAGAUUUUCAAGUUGCAUAUGUCCAUUUUCUAGAUUUUUAGGAUGGAUGUCAGUAUCUUGAAAUGCAAAGCAAUACUUGAAGGGACACUUGUUUAUUGCCUCUGAUCUUUUACAAAUUUCAUCAUUUUUUUUUUAUUAAUUUUUACGGAUGAGUUAGCACUUACCGAUAAUUUAGUAAAAGAAUUUUUAAUUUGCAUAUUCA